CAAACAAAGUCGUGGCUUGCUGUGUGGCUGGUCGAUCUUCCUAGGAACCAGAACGUAGGCGAGCAGCCACACAAAGCACGCGCUAGCAAUUUGGGUAGCUCAGGACAAACAAACAGAGAGGCAACCAAUCUCACCUGCAGCAUACAUACAUGUACACAUGGUGAGAAGCCGAUUUGACGAAUUCAAGAGAUAAAGGGAAAACGGCUCUCGUACUCAGCACUGAGUUGGUUUUUUUUUUCGGAGGAGGACAGCCACAAAGUUUGCCGCUGGCCUGCCUCUUCAUCUUUUUGCUGCUUGCCCCGCCAUAGCUUCUGCAUCAUGGCGUCACUUUCACCAUCGCGGGGCACCUGGCUGCUGGUGCUCUGCAUCUGUCUCGUGCUACUGCCGUCCAAGGCGGCUGCGUUUGGAGCAGGCAAUAUUCCAUCGAUUGCGCAGGUCGAGGGCCACAACUGGCGUCAUGGAGAUAUCGAGGACAUGUUGACAACUGUUGCCUUCCUCCAUGGGAAAAAAUGGACAUCCAUGCUCGUCAAAAGGACUUACUUUGGCAACUGGCUUCGUGAUUACUCGCAGGCCAUCGACGUUGGCUCUCUCAAGGGCGUCAAUGCUCCCACAAUCCGUAUCUUGGUUUGGAUCCUCUCGUUCAUGGCCUUUGGCUACGCCACAGAGGAAUUUGAAGUGACAGAGGAGCGCUUGGGCUGCUACCGUCCGGAGGAGCAUAUCGACAACCCCAAGGGCUACGCCGAUGGCCUUGAUGCUCGCACAUUCGACCCUCGCCUGCGUGGUCCAGUUGAUCCCAUUGAAAUCGACAUUGAUAUGAACACUGGCAUGAAGAAUUACAUUGCCAAUGAGACUGGUCGAUGGGCUACCAGCGCCGGCUAUCUCCGAUAUAGUUUUGCUCGAAGCAUCCACUUUGGCCGCCUCUAUACCCAUGGAUCACAGAGUGGCAAGGAGGCAGAUUUGAACGAAGCACUCAGGUGCCUUGGUCAGGCGUUACACUGCAUGGAAGACUUUAGUGCUCACAGCAACUACUGCGAGUUAGCCCUCCGUGAGUUGGGUCACCGAGAGGUCUUCCCACACUGUGGUUCACAGUCGGAGAUCACAAUCCAUGGAAAGCGUGUCUUCCCUCUGGUGACUGGUACUUUUGGAGGUGUCGAUUUUCUGCAUUCCGUGAUUGGCGAGGCAAACGACCACUUCACCCAAUCCGAAGUCGAUGAAGUCGAUGUUGCUCUCUUAAAUGCGGGUGGUGCCGGCGGCGGCGGAGGUGCUUCCAGGGGUCUCUUGGGCGUUGGCGCUCCACGAGAUUUUAUUUCUCUCAUUGCCAAGAUACCUGGCGAUGGCGCUGGCUUCGCCGCUCAAGCUCGAGAGCUCAAGGCCAUGUCAGAUGCCCAAGAACAAGAAAACGAAAUGCGCUCUCGCUCUGAAGGGAACACCAAUGUUAUUCCUGGCGUAAGCCCGAAUUUUGACCCAGUCAAGACUGCGAAGCGGAUCUACCCCAUAUUGCAAUUCCGUGACAGGAUUGUGAAGGCGAUUAGCCGAGGAAUCGAAAAGAUUCCCGGUCUCGAGAAACUCCUUGAGCACAUCAGUGAGACGCUGACAGCCUUUAUCCUCGGUCUCCUUGCUCCUUUUAUUCGGCCCAUUAUCAACCAGGUGUCGAAGGUCUUGAAGGAAGGCUCCUCUGGAGUGCUCAGCGCCAGUGCUAACUCUCAAUUCGAGCCAUGGGACAACCCCAGAAGCACGGAUCCAACACACUCUAUGCUAUCAAAGGAUCAUUUUACCAACGUCCUCAACUCUUGCGCGGGUCGGGUUGCAAGUACAGUCCUUCAGUAUACAGUCCCCCGUGUUCUCUACGCAUGGGAGAACCCCAAUGUCCCCGUAGAUGAAGUUGUCAACGACGUACUGCGCGCAUUCCAUCACCCAGCCCUUCGCCGCGGAGACGUUCAGAUCCAGCAGGAUAUGUUCCGCACCGUACAGACCUGGGUCAAUGAGCAUCCUCGCCGGCACGAAAUCGACCAUCUCUUGUCGUCAGAGUCUGUCAGACAGGGCAAAAAUCACAUUCUCAAUCAGCAGAAGGGAGGCGGCGGCCAUGGUCACGAUGCUUGGGAGACAAUCACCCAGCUUGGCCACGGCAAGGUUUCUGGAUCACUCUGGGAGCAAGUCAAGACUCGAGACUUGAACUCUCUGGAGGGGCAUGAUGGUAAUCCGUCCGCCAACUAUAUGUCCAAUUCCCCAGCUCCCCCUUCGCGCUAUUCACCACCAGCUCAGGGGGGCUACGGGUAUGGAGAGAGUGCCUCAUACCUCGCUCAGUCCCAUGCUGGAUCAUCACAAGGUCAUUCUGGCCAUUCUUCUGGCCACUUCCAGGGCCACUCCGAACAACCACAGUAUCAACAGCAGUACGGCGGGCAGCCUCAACCUCCUCAUGGAUAUGGCGAUCAAGGAUAUGGUGGCCAAGGAUAUGGCGGUCCAGCCCAACCGCAAUAUGCUCCUCAUCAUGGUCACGGCCAAGGGAACCAGCAGCAGCCACCAUACUGGGGAUCACAGCAUGAACGCUAUUAAGCAUAAUAUCUCUUGACUGGCUUGGCAAUGAACAGAAUUUCAAAAGCUUUUGGUAUGGACGCUUGUGCGCGGUGGUGUGUAUACGUGCUUUUGUCUAAAAUUGUGUCCAUUUCGGGAGAUAUUGAUAGUAUGACAGUAAAAAAAAGUUGGGGCCUGAUAAACAGUAUAGUUGAUAGCAGGUACAUGUGAAAUAUGAUAGUAUUGUGUUUUGUUUACAUCGUUUAUACCACAGAAAUCAAAUACAUAUGCCC